AUGGCUGACCAAAAAAUUAGCGUGUUGUUUGUUUGUCUCGGAAACAUUUGCCGAAGUCCAAUGGCAGAAGCAGUAUUCGCGCAUACAAUAAAACUAAAAAGCAAGAGUCACUUUUUUCGAAUUGAUAGUGCGGGUACUGGUGAAUGGCAUGUAGGAGCGCCUCCAGAUCCUCGAUCUGUAAAGACAUGCAAGAAACAUAAUGUUCCUGUGAACACAUUUGCAAGACAGAUCACAAAAGGAGAUUUUCAUGAAUUCGACUAUAUCCUGUUAAAACUAUUUGGCGAUUAUGAUCCAGAAGGAGACCGAUACAUACGCGAUCCGUAUUACGGCGGAAUAGACGGUUUCGAGAAAAAUUUUCAGCAAGUGACUAGAUGCUCGGAGGCCUUUUUGUUGCAUCUGAAUAUUAUUUGA